UAUUUUGAAAGAAACCGGAAGCAAGUGUCCUCCGCCGCUGCUUGUCGUGGCUGAUUUAACAAUGGUUUGGACAAUGCAGUCUGCGAAGCGGAGUGAGAGUGACUGGCAAGGGUUGGUUGGCGAGUUCCUGAUGUGUAAACGCAAACUGGAGAGUAAAAAAGAAGCCCUCCUCAUUCUGUCCAAGGAGCUGGACACCUGUCAGCAGGAACGAGACCAGUACAGGCUCAUGGCCAACCAGCUCAGAGAGCGCCACCAAGGGCUCAAGAAGAAGUACAGGGAGCUCAUUGAAGGUGACCCAUCUUUACCUCCUGAAAAACGCAACCAGGUGAACCUUGCCCAGCUGCUGAGAGACUCCAGGGACCAAGCGAAGAAGCUGACAGAGGAGGUGAAGGAGCUGACUCAGCAAUUGCUAGAGGCUCAUGGGGACAACAAGCUCCUGCGAAUGACUAUCACGCGACAGAGGCUAGGAGAUGAUGAGGUUGGCGCCCGCCACUUCCCCGCCCACGAACGGGAAGACUUAGUUCGCCGGCUGGAGCGAGCAGGCCUUCAGAUGGAGGAGAUGGAGCACAAUGUGAAGGCUCUGACGGACGAGCUCCAGGACGUGAAGGCGGAGCGCGUCGUCUACAGGGAAAAAGCAGAGCGCCUCAACAUUGAGCUCAACCACAUUCUUGGCAACCGAGAAGCACGUAUCAUCGACAUAGACGCCCUCUGCAUGGAAAACAGGUAUUUGCAUGAGCGUUUCAAACAACUACAGGAGGAGGUGAACCUGCUGAAAUCAAACAUCAUGAAGUACAAGUCUGCAUUAGAGAGAAGGAAAAACUCCAGCAACUAUGGAAAAUCUAACAGUCCACUCACAGGUGUUCUCUCGGCCAAACAAGUCCAGGCGAUGCUCUUGGAAGAGCAUGGCUGCAGCCUCCCCGCCACACCGCAGUCCAUUUCCGACCUGAAGUCCCUGGCCACGGCGCUGCUCGAGACCAUCCAUGAGAAGAACCUGGUCAUCCAACACCAACGCCACACCAACAGGAUACUGGGAAACAGAGUAGCAGAUUUGGAAAGAAAGCUGAAGACGCUGGAGGUCGCCGGGUUUUGGAGUCUACCAGGCCUGACCUACCGCAUAUCCAUUGGGAUCGGGAGGACUCGGGACGAUGUCGUGCCGAAUGAAAACCUCCCGCUGGAGCUUUGUCCAACCCGGGUGUCAACGUCAGGGAAGCAGCAGCGUCCACCCAAAGUAGCAUCAGACGACACACGCUCCCAUGAAUCACUGUGGAAGCACCACUCCGUCGCCAGCAUCCAUCUUGGCGCAGAUGGCGCCGAAAAUCAAGCGGCACAGAUAAAUGGGAUCGAAGUGACCGCAGGUGGAGACACGAGAACACCUCUGGACGGGGAGGAAGCGCGCAGUCCGGUGGAGGAGGCGGGGCGGGAGGUGAACGGUGCCGGGGAGGCGGAGGAGGACCUGGCUUCAUUGGUGGAGGAGGGAGAGGAGGCGGCAUUGGCGUUGAACGUUUCUCCUGAUGAAUCGCACCACACUUGGCUGACAGUCCAACACGAGUCGGACUACAACUCCCAGGAGGCACUUGGAUUAGAAUUGAAGGAGUCAUUGUCCAUCCAGUGACACAUGUCAGGACUUGGCAUGAUUGUAUCAAAGAUCACAGGGAAAGAGAGGCUGCUCUCUUUCGUCUCCGUGAAGCCUUUCUCUCCCUGCAUCCCAAUUGUUGACUCUACUUCUCUUUGAGGGAUGCUUAAGAAAUUUGUCCCCCCACCGUUUAGAUGUGCCUUAAUAUAGCCUCACCAUUCACAAACUCCAUCUUUAGGAUUUUCGCAACAGUAAUGUGUCCCUAUAGUCCUUUUAUGAGCACCAAACAUGAGAAAAAUCUGCCUUCUACCGCAUUUGUUUGCUCGACUGUUGAAAGAAGACAAGCUAAAACGGUCAAUGUUAAAAUCUAGGCUUCGCUACACAUCUUAAACUAGAGAUGUGAGAGCUGUAAGUUUGAUCAUUAGAACUUAGCAUGAUGUUGCUGUUAAAAUGUGAGUACUGUUUACAUAGCUAUA